AUGAAGAAACCACGGAUAGCAGAUUCUGUGCCUGAAUUUUGGGACUUCAUGAUAUAUUUGAAGUCAUCUGACAACCUUAAACAUGGUGUUAUGUUUUGGGACCUAGCACAACUUUUCUGGGACAUCUAUGUACACUGUGUACUCUCCAGAGCACAUGGCCUUGGUAGAAGACAACUGAAUGAAGAAGAAAAAACAGUAACUAAUUUCAUUUCACAGUACACAUCAAGUAAGUCUUUUGAGAUUUGGCCAGAAGAGUCACCACAAACUUUCAAGCUAUAA